UAACAAAGAAAAGCCUGUCAUUCAUCGAAAUCGCCAUUGUUUUCUUCCUGCCCACUAAAACCACCAAAAUCAGUGUUGGAGACAAACAGGCUCAGAUUGGCUUUGUCAUCCACUCUCCUUUGCUGUCACUUUCAAAACCAAAGAUCUCCUAGUUGUUAGUGUCAGAAUUAAAGGCACUCUGAAGGGCAGUGGCGGUGUCCUCCUGUUCAUCAUGCAGCAGUCCAGCUUUUCAAAAUCCAUUGCUGAUCGUGGAUGUUUUAACACUUGAUCACACUGUCAGAAUCUACUGGCAGACUUGGGCAAAAUGUGUUUUUCGCAUGCGACCAGGUUUGGUGAAUUAUUUAUUGCUGCUCAUCAUCCACGCCCCACCGAUGAGGAGGGGCUGCAGUUGCUUCUUUUUCGUGCUAAAAUCGUACGGCACUGUUUUACCUGACAGAGGGACAUGUGACCAACAUACCACCCUUUUCCAUUGCGGGUCUUAUCACAUGCCCUUCUGUUGGGCAAAGUAGUGCCGUACAACAGCGGAACAAAGCAAAACAAAUUCUCUUACGAUAACACAAAACUCAUGAAAAAUCUAUAGAAAAGCCGCACUGGAUGAUAAGACGCAGGGUUCAAAGCUUGUGAAAAAAGUAGCGGCUUAUAGUCCGAAAAUUACGGUAGCUCCAUAGUUGAGUCUGUCCAAGAAAGAAAAUAUUCACCAUAGGAACUCUAAGACAGUUUUCAUGUCAGAAAGGAUAAAGAGAGCUUAUAGACUUAGUCACAAGAAAGACAUAAAGGAAUACAUACCUUUUUAUCUUUCCUCCAACUUUCUUCAGGGCUUCCUUUUUGUCUUGACUGAGGGUCUGGUGCUGUCUGACCUUUUCUGUAUCCCUUAUCGGUCUGGUGGACUUUCAUUUAGGGAACACAGGAACAGGAGAGCUCCAGAAGAGAAGGACCAGAGGAGCUGCUACAGUAUGGGGGAGAGCUAUAUGUACCGGCGACUCCCCUACGCCAGAGCAGAGGGGGAGGGGGAGGAUGAAGAGGAGGGAAACAGAAGAGUCGGGGGACAAAUGAUGCAAAGUGAAGAGGGCACAGAGUGGCUGUUGGAGUUGCUGACAGACGUGCAGCUGCAGCAGUACUUUCUGAGGAUCCGAGAUGAACUCAACGUUACGCGACUCUCCCACUUUGACUACGUCAAAAAUGAAGAUCUGGAGAAGAUCGGCAUGGGCCGCCCUGGUCAGAGGCGACUUUGGGAGGCGGUCAAGAGAAGAAGAGCCCUUUACAAACGCAAGUCCUGGAUGAGCAAGGUGUUUCCAGUGAAACGAUCAGACACAGACCCCACACAGGGGGCCUCGUCGGCCCCGCCUGCAGCCAGCAGUGAGCCAGGAGACUCACUCACCUGCCUCAUCAAGGAGUCGGAGCUGCAGCUGUUCGAGCGACUCGGAGACGGUACGUUUGGAGUGGUGAAGCGAGGAGAGUGGACUGCACCUAACGGCAGAGUGCUGUCUGUGGCAGUGAAGUGUCUGAAGGCCGGUGUGCUGGACUCAGACGGUUUGGAUGAUUUCAUCAGAGAGGUUAACGCCAUGCAUUCGCUGAGCCACCAGAACCUCAUCAGUCUCUAUGGGGUCGUUCUAACGCAGCCCAUGAAAAUGGUGACUGAGCUGGCGCCGCUGGGCUCCCUGCUGGACCGCCUCAGAAAAAGACAGGGUCACAUCCUCAUAUCUAUUCUGUGUAACUAUGCUGUGCAGGUGGCGAGUGGAAUGUCUUACCUGGAGCAGAGGAGAUUCCUUCACAGAGACCUGGCUGCCCGCAACGUUCUGCUGUCCACCAAUGAGAUUGUAAAGAUCGGAGACUUUGGCCUGAUGAGGGCGCUGCCUACACACACCGAUCUAUACGUCAUGGAGGAAGGCCAUAAAAUCCCAUUUCCCUGGUGUGCUCCAGAGUCUCUAAAGUCUCGCACCUUCUCUCAUGCUUCUGACACCUGGAUGUUUGGAGUCACUCUGUGGGAGAUGUUCAGUCAUGGGCAGGAGCCGUGGAUCGGGCUAAAUGGAAGCCAGAUCCUCCACAAGGUUGACGUUGAGGCAGAGAGGCUGUGUAAGCCUGACGACUGUCCUCAAGACAUCUACAACGUCAUGCUGCAGUGCUGGAGCCCCAAACCCGAGGACAGGCCCACCUUCAUCGCUCUCAGAGACUUUCUGCUCGAGACUAUGCCUACAGACAUGAGGGCCCUGCAGGACUUUGAGGAAGAAGACAAACUCCAGAUUCAGAUGAAUGACGUCAUUACGAUCAUUGAGGGAAGGGCGGAGCAUUACUGGUGGCGUGGCCAGAACAGACGGACGUUGCGUGUUGGUCAGUUUCCCCGACACGUCGUGACUUCCGUGGCCGGACUUUCAGCUCAGGACAUCAGCCGGCCGCUCAAACACUCCUUCAUCCACACCGGACACGGAGACACUGAUCCUCACAGGAGCUGGGGACACGCUGACCGCAUAGACAGUUUGUAUUUGGGGAACCCAAUGGACCCUCCAGAUGUCCUGGGAUUUGAUUCUGGAAGAGCAAGACCAACCAAAUUGCCCAACCGUGCCAAGAAGAAGCCCCCCCCUCGCCCACCAAAGCCUGCCGUUUUACUCAAAAAGCCGCUGUACGACUCCGUAAUGGAUGAUUAUGAUGAGGAGGACGACUUCAGUGGAUCAUCUGGACUUAAGAAGCUGGGUGCUUCUCUCGGCCUAAAGCUCCGACCGUGGGAAGGCGGCGCCGGCGUGCGAUCAGCUAAGAGCGAAGUGUCGCUCAUCGACUUCACAGACGACAGCUUCAGCUCAACCACGCCCUCCCCGCUCACAGAGACACAUCAGCCGGAUGAGGACACCCUGAAGGACACCCCCUCUAUCCUGGACUGGCCUCUGCCCCAGCCAGCCUAUGAUGAGGUCACUGCAGACUUCGAUGACCAAUCAGAGGAUCAGGAGGUGCGCUCCAUCAAUAAGGGUCAGACUGAAGAAGCCUUGCCCCCGCCUGUGUCCAGUGUGUCGGGGAGGAGUGAGUCCCAGUCUGCUGACCUGUUCCAGGAGCUGCAGAGGGAGGUGAUGGUCAAGCUACAGGUUCCCAUGGCAACAGGGCGUUCCCUCCCAUCUUCCCCCACCCCAAUGCCUCUGGCUCCUUUUGGAGCCCACAGACAAAUCUAUCUGCCUCCUCCCUCCCCCUCCUCCUCUUCUACCUCCAUCACCUCCUGCUUUGAGGACCGGCCCGUGUUGCCGCCCCGCAGCCCUGCCCCCCCCUUACGUCCCUCUAAGCACAGCUACAGCUCCCGCUCCGCCCCGCAGGGGGCCCGCUCCAGCACCAUAUCUCUGGGAGAUGAGGAGAAUCCGCCUCCUCAGAUCCCACCCAGAGACCACGCUUUUUCUCAGCCAGGCUCCCGCUCCUCCUCUCCCCUCCCGCUGGCGCCGGCUCUGUCCUCCACACUUGUGGUGUUGCCCCCACCUCCACUUUCGGUCUCUCCACGCCGAUCAGCAGGACUCCUCGGCCCCCUCCUGUCCACCAGCUCCCCUUCCUCCUCCUCGCAUCAAGCAGCAUCAUAUGCGUCAAGGCUGUCGGCCUCCUCUUACUCCUCUAACUCCUUACUGGAGCCCCUCACCCUUCGAGACGGCCGUGGCCUCACCUCUUUAAUGGACAGUCCUCAGAGCUCUGCUCCCACACCUCUACCAGAGAGACCAGCUUUCCUGGAGAGAUACGGGGUGGCAAACAUGGCUGCCGUCAAACCCAUUAUGCAGCAGCAGCAGCAUCCGGGCGGAGCCAAACCAAACUCCUCCUACAACAACAACAACAGCAAGACGGCAGGUCCCAGCAUGCAACAGGAGCAGAGCAUCACAGAGGUGCAAGGAGCAGUGCAUGGCGUUACAAUGGAGGAGUGCAGAGCUGCUCUGCAGAGUCAUAACUGGAGCAUCCCUCAGGCUGUCAAUUAUUUAAAGGUGGAGCAGCUGUUUCGUCUGGGGCUGAGAUCGAGAGCAGAGUGCGAGGAGCUGCUGCAGCGCCACCAGUGGAACCUGGAGCAGGCCAGCACCGUCAUGUUGGACACGUACGGACCACAUCAAAACAGGAAGACCACCUGAGGACCAAUCAGCCGCUGACGAGCUCCUGAUAUCUAGUGACACCGAGGCGCCUGAAGCACUGGCUUCUCCAAGAGUUAAUGACAGCUCUGAUUAAGUUUUCACACCACUUAAAGUCUCCCACUUAUCCUCACAGGUGGACCCCUGGGUACUUUCUGUAGGUUAUGGUUUUAAAUGUUUUAUUUAUUUAGGUGUACAGUACCAGCAGAAAGUAUUCACACCUCUUCUCCACAUUUUGUCAUACUACAGUUUUAUUCUACUGUUGCUUUUCUUCUUACACGUCUACACACUGGAAACCUUAUAUUUCUCAGAUGUUUAAUGUAUUCAUUCCCUUUUCCGCUUUUUGAACCAAUUACAGCUUCAGUUCUGCUUGGUUCAGGUUGGACCGUUUGCCUUUACUGAAAUAUCUUCUCCCUCUGUCUUCUGAAGCUACAUCUCUAUUUCUUCGGCUUUGGGGUUUGGUUAUUUGUCUCCUUAAAGAUGAAUCCUUGUCUAUUGUCUGAGGUCCAAACAAUUUUUCCUUUAUAUAAUAGGCUAAAUAAACUGCUAAUCUUGCCAGCACUGCAUCCACUUAAAUGUUCCAUGCAGACAGUUCCUACUAAUGUGGCAGUAUGACCCUGCCACCGCCAUGCAUCAUUAUAGGGAAGCUGUUUUUCUGCAGAGGGGAUGUUUGAGGCACAGCUCAGGAAUUCCUUGGUUUCUUCUGGUCUGAUAACCUGGAAAAGGUCUGUGGAUGUGUAAAGCUGGUAGCUGAUCAGUGGAGUGUUAACACCUAAAAAUGAGCUCCAGCCAUCGGCUUCUUCAGUCUCCAGCUAAGGACCUCAUUCCCUGGUUCUUCUAAACUUCUUUUAUCCCUAAAUAACGGAGAUUCCAGAGCAUUUUGGGAACAUUCUUUGCUGAUGAGGAGAAAAUAGCCUCUUUCUUCCAGAUUUGACACCAUCUGAUCUCUGGGCUUAUUUUUUUUUUCUUCUGUAAAAUGUUCCAUCAGCUGUUAGCCCUUAAUACCAUUUUUAAUCACUAUGGGAUAAUUUUUGUAUAUUUUUUGAAAAAGAAAGGUAGGUGAAUAUCCCAUAUAAAGAUGAACACAGCGCUGCACAGCCUCCUUAAUCACCUUUAGAAACGGUAUGGCAGCAUCAUGCUGUGUGAUCUCCUUUUUAAUUUGAAGAUUGGAGUUCACAGAUGCUCUCUGUUCAUUGCUGCUGAUUCUGAGCUCAUGUCAUACUACAGAUGGAGACAUAACAGCCUCUUUAGGGCUGAACCCCAAAACCUGCCAUCCUUUUCCUCCGUCUCACACUAAAACAUAAUGAAGUUUGAAGCUGUAGCGUGACAAAAUGUGGAGAAGUUUAGUGGCUUUCAUAUUUUUUUUUGUUUUGUUUACACAGCAGCGUGAGGCUGUGUUUGUGUCUCAGCUGUGCUGUGAUAACCUUCCCACCUUGAAUCCAUGCAAGCGUUUCACCAGCUGACAGAGCUGCUGGCUUGGAGUUCCUGUUUGAAGGGUUCGAGCGUGAGCAGACGGCUGCAGUAAUCUUUAAGUGAGGUUUAAUCGUCAACGUGAUGGCCUUCUCUCCAUUAGUGAAACAGCGUGAUGUAUUUCUGUUUAAAUGUACGGAUAAUGUUGUAUAUAACCUGUUAUCAUGAGUGAGCUGCUGGUCAGGCUGCUGUGACUUUUUGCAUUUCUCUUACUCUACAUUCAACAUGUUUCCUGGAGGCUCCCUGCGGAGGUUCCUUCUAUCCAACCUUUAUUCAUUAUGUCAGACUUUUGACAGCAAGCCGCCCAUUUUGUGCUUUAAUGGCACAUUACAGCUGCCCAUUGAAUAUUGGCCCAUAAAGAAUGUCCUCUAUUGGUCCAUUAGUGGUGAAAAGCUCCAGUUUUCCUUUAGGGAAGGUGUUUUUAAUCUGAGAGACUGAUUGUUGUGUGCUUGUUUUUUUUGUUUUGCUUCUCCUCACAUGGAUGAAUACAGGGUAUUAUUUAUUGUUAUGAAGCUACUGGGACAGAGACAAAGGUUGAUGAUCUUCCUGGGUCAUUAAUUAAGCUGCUGAUGUGUGUGAGCAGAGACUGUGGUCCUUAUUGUAAAGCUAACAGCUGUACAGUAAAGCAUAUCAAUACCAAACUCUGUGUUGUUGCAGAAACACUGGCUUUUAUUACAUCUUCAUUGAUAAGUUUCAUUUAUUUUGUAUUAAUGUGUCAAAAGCUGCUGCGGAGAGGAGCGCAUUUAGCUUUGAAUUUAACUGGAAGCUUUAUGGGAUGCUAAUUUAGAGAAGCCUGAAAAUUAUUAUGUAAAUGAAGCUGUAUGUU